AUGGUUUUCGGCGGAAGCGCGCGACAGGAACGCAAAUACUUGCCCCCCGUAGGCUCAUCGAGGAAGCCAAGAAGGGCAGCCCACCGGCCCUGCUCGCUUACAUCGGUUUUCGCGAAGCUUCCGACUCCACUCGCCGAGGUAACCAAUCAGUCACAGCCCAGACUGACGGUCUACCAUGUCUGCCUAUCCCGGCCCUGCCCCGGCGGACCUGACGGGACAGAACUGGGGUGUGGAGGGGGAACCAGAGGCAAAUAUGACUCCAAUUUCGUGACCACGGGCAACUCAUCAGCUCCCCUCAAAACCCCGGCCCCUGGCCCUCCGCCCCGAGAGGACCCUCGCUCGCAGGCCUCUCUGGACAUGGAUCUGACUGACGUUCCUUGGGACCCUGGUCUCGCUGUGGAUUUUGAGGAGACAAACUGGGCAGAGAUCCCUCACCCUUCGCUCUCUCAACAGGGAGAUCUUCUUUGCCUCGAUUCCUCUCCGGUAGAUGUCAUGAUGGAUUUCCCGUCGGUCGGCUCCAACCCAGAGAGCUGCGAUCUGUUCCUGCCUUUCCCGAUGCAUCCCUCCGACCCUCCAGUCUCCGAAGAGGGCCUUCCAGAUCUUGCCCAAUUGGAGGGAUCCGGUCCCAUUGCCCCGCCAUCCCUGAUUGGCCGGGGACAGCCAGAUGCCUUCCAAUCACCGUCCUCCAGUCCCACUGCCCCGCCAUCCCCGAUUGGCCAGGGACAGCCAGAUGCCUUCCAAUCACCAUCCUCCAGUCCCACUGCCCCGCCAUCCCCGAUUGGCCAGGGACAGCCAGAUGCCUUCCAAUCAGCAUCCUCCAGUCCCACUGCCCCGCCAUCCCCGAUUGGCCUGGGACAGCCAGAUGCCUUCCAAUCACCAUCCUCCUGUCCCACUGCCCCGCCAUCCCCGAUUGGCCUGGGACAGCCAGAUGCCUUCCAAUCACCAUCCUCCAGUCCCACACCCCCGCCAUCCCCGAUUGGCCUGGGACAGCCAGAUGCCUUCCAAUCACCAUCCUCCAGUCCCACUGCUCCGCCAUCCCCGAUUGGCCAGGGACAGCCAGAUGCCUUCCAAUCACCAUCCUCCAGUCCCACUGCCCCGCCAUCCCCGAUUGGCCAGGGACAGACAGAUGCCUUCCAAUCACCAUCCUCCUGUCCCACUGCCCCGCCAUCCCCGAUUGGCCAGGGACAGCCAGAUGCCUUCCAAUCACCCUCCUCCAGUCCCACUGCCCCGCCAUCCCCGAUUGGCCAGGGACAGACAGAUGCCUUCCAAUCACCAUCCUCCAGUCCCACACCCCCGCCAUCCCCGAUUGGCCUGGGACAGCCAGAUGCCUUCCAAUCACCAUCCUCCAGUCCCACUGCUCCGCCAUCCCCGAUUGGCCAGGGACAGCCAGAUGCCUUCCAAUCACCAUCCCCCAGUCCCACUGCCCCGCCAUCCCCGAUUGGCCAGGGACAGACAGAUGCCUUCCAAUCACCAUCCUCCUGUCCCACUGCCCCGCCAUCCCCGAUUGGCCAGGGACAGCCAGAUGCCUUCCAAUCACCAUCCUCCAGUCCCACUGCCCCGCCAUCCCCGAUUGGCCAGGGACAGCCAGAUGCCUUCCAAUCACCAUCCUCCAGUCCCAGUGCCCCGCCAUCCCCGAUUGGCCAGGGACAGCCAGAUGCCUUCCAAUCACCUUCCUCCAGUCCCACUGCCCCGCCAUCCGUGAUUGGCCAGGGACAGCCAGAUGCCUUCCAAUCAGUAUCCUCCAGUCCCACUGCCCCGCCAUCCCCGAUUGGCCAGGGACAGCCAGAUGUCCUCCAAUCACAGUCCUCCAAUCUCUCAGCACCGCCAUCGCUGAUUGGCCGGCUACUUACAGACAACGACCCAGAAGGUCCUGGCCUGCAAGGGGUCGCCCCUCUGCUGAGCCGCCCAGAGCUGAACGGUGUCGGAAGCCCUCUGCCGAUUGGCCGAGGGGUCGACGGCCCCCAGCCCGGCCAGCUGAGCCCAGCCAUUGGUCCGGAGCGUCCCCACUCCCCGUCCAAUGAAUGUGUCCCGGAGCAGGCUGACCCGAUUGGUCAGGGGCCCGCGGAUCCCUCCCCCGGCGUCCCGGCCACAGGGAGGGGCCUCGCGUUUGGCCAGGAGCUGCCUGGAGCGUCACUGGACGCGGACUGCUCCGAGGGGGCUCCCUCCAUUGGCCACGCUGGUCGAGAAAGCACCGGGCCGUCGCUGGGCGAUCACUGGGCGAUCGAGAGGACGCACCCGAUUGGUGGAGAGCUCGCUGGGUUGCCAUUGGGCGAGCGCCCGGCUGAAAGGGGGCCUUCCAUUGGCCAAGACCUCGCUGGCCCAGCAUUGGGUGGCCACCGUGUUGAAUCGGCUCAUCCGAUUGGCCAGGGACUCUCUGACCCCUCGUCGGACGAUGAAGACAUUCAGCGGCCUCGUGCCGCUGGUGAAGAGCUCGCUGGGUUGCCAUUGGACGGCCGCGACGUCGGACGGACCCGUCCCAUUGGCCGGGAGCCGACGUGGGGUCAGGAGGACGCCGAGAGGACCCGCGUGAUUGGUGAAGAGCUCCACGGGUCGUCAUCAGGCGGCGACCACAUCGAAACGGUUUGUUAUAUCCGCCAGGAGGUCACCGCCUCCGCACCGGGCGGCCAGCGCACGGAACAGACCUGCCCAAUGGGUGAAGAGAUUGCUGGAUUACGGGGACACCACAUCACAAGGACUCAUUCCAUUGGGCAAGAGCACACUGAGUCACUAUUGGACGACCUCCACGUUGAAAGGACUCACCCCAUUGGCCAGCAGCUGACUGGAUUGCCAUUGGAGGACCACCAGAAUGAAAGGGCUCACUCCAUUGGCCAGCAGCUGAGUGAAUUACCCUGGGAGGACCACCACAAUGAAAGGGCUCACUCCAUUGGCCAGCAGCUGAUUGAAUUACCCUGGGAGGACCACCACAAUGAAAGGGCUCACUCCAUUGGCCAGCAGCUGAUUGAAUUACCAUUGGAGGACCACCAGAAUGAAAGGGCUCACUCCAUUGGCCGAGGGCUCUCGGCGCUGACCCCGGGUGACCAGAGCACCGGGAGGGCGCCCCCUACGGGUCGGGAAGACCUUGGCGACCACCCUGCUGACGGAGAUCUGGGCGGCGGCCAUUCGGAGGGGGCUCCAGGGGCGAAGGGCGGGCAGGCGGAGAGGGCCCGCAGGAUUAGCGGAGGCCCCCAGGACCCCCGCCACGGACAGGAGGAGUGGGGAGGGGACGAGGUGGUGGACGGGGCCGGGGGCAAGGUGCAGGUCUACUUCCUGGUGGGCUGCCCCGAGGGGCGCAAGGAGGAGGAGGAGGGGUACCGGAAGAGGGCCUCCACCCUGCCCGCGGGGACAGCCGGCCCGGUGGGCGGCCCGCGGAGGGGCCGGCCCUCCAUGCAGAGGCAGGACGCGCUGGUGGGGCACCUGCCCCUGGCCAAGUCCAGCAGCUGCCCCGAGCCGGAGGACGGGGCAGCCCGGGAGACGGCGGCGGCUGGGGAGCGGCCGGAGGCGCGGAACGGGUCGCGGGACUGGCACCGCCGGGGCAUCCGGAGGCCCUCGCUGGCCACCGUCACCACGCAAGGCGGCAAGGAGCAGAAAGUGGCGAGCGGCUCUCAGGCCGAGACGCAGGACGCAGGGGGUUCCGGGCCCAGCGCGAUUGUCCUCCGUCGCAGAGAGUCCAGGAUCCUGCAAAUCUGCCAGCCCCUCUACCAGGAGUACAUCCACCAGGCCCUGGACCGGGAGAUCCUGAGGCAGCGGCCCGGGGACACGUGCCCCUCGCCGGAGGGCUCCCGGGCCAGGCGGGGGCCCAGCCUGCUCCAGCGGGCCUCCCUGGGCCUCCCCACCGGGCUCUGGAGGGACCUGCCGGAGGUGAGGGACAGCGGCUACUUCGAGAGCCUCACCCCCGAGGAGAGCAAGCUGCAGGAGGUGAAGUUUGAGCUGAUCAGUUCAGAGGCCUCCUACCUGCAGAGUCUGGACAUUGCCGUCAACCAUUUCCAAGGCUCCGAGACGCUCAAUGGCCUCCUCGGGGCCCAGGAGAGGCAGUGGCUCUUUUCAAAACUCCCCGCUGUAAGGGCAGUCAGUCAGAGUGCACUGGAAAUUUGGGGUAUCAGUGAUGGUGAUUACCCGUACGAUGGCUAUUUGUCCGUGAAAGUGGAGGUCCUGGAAGCUGAGGUGAGGGUGUCUAAGGCUCAUGAGACCCUGGUACUGGUUUGCCCCGACACCGGGACCUCCGGCGUCAGUUACGAGGACUGUUACCUGGGCCUUUGGGAUUGCGCAGGGGAGCAGGAUGACGAGCUAUCCUUCAAGCGCGGGGAUAUGAUUCACAUUCUGAGCAAGACUUGCGGUCCUCCAGUGCCCAGCUUUCCCCGUGGGGUUUCGCUCGGGCUCGGACGUCACACCUUGGCAGCAAAGCGUUACUUUUCGAAAAUGCAGGCCCACCAUGACAAAGGUGUGCUGGGGGGGGUGGGGGGUGGUGAGGUCCCGCUGUUGGGGGCAGGGGACAUCACCAGGCCCUGUCCAGCAGCCUUCGGGACCCAGGAGACGGCCCCCCGGCUGUUUGUGGAAGAAGACGCCGGGGUCCGUGUCGCAGUCCGUUCCGAGCAGCCCAGCUCUGAAGGACACCCUGAUCGGCAAGUUGCUCCUGGGGACGCGCACGGAGACGAACGUCGCCGUGGCUUCACGGAUCGCGCGGCGCUACCACGGCCCGCGGUGUCAGAGUUCAGUUCCAGGGUCCUCUGUAAGCACUGUCGGCAGAUCGACGACUCGGGGUAA